GUUGAAAGUUUUUAAAUUCUCCAAAGAUGAAGGAUUACACACUUGUAUUCGUUGUGCUAUUUGGAAGUGUAUUCACGAAUGGAGACGCCGAACUAAAUAGAACAAGAGCAGUGAUUACUGGCGUACAACCUACCAUAGUAUUACGAAAUGCCAUCCUACUUAUUCUGGGCUUUGGAUUAUUCUCUGUAUUAGUUGCAAUUACUUUUCAUCUUAUCCGAAAGCAUAUCUUUCGAGAUGCUUCGAACUUGGACACAUCAUUUGACGCAGGAGGAAAAGUAUCCGUAGGCCUGACUGCAGCAACUCUUGUAUCUCAGAUGACAUGGGCAGCAUCGCUGUUACAGCCUGUAACCGUUACUCUUAAGUAUGGCAUAAGUGGACCAAUUUGGUAUGGGGUUGGAGGAACGUUGCAAUUUAUCUUGGCUAACCUAUCUGUUCACCUCAAGACGAAGUCACCAGGAGCAAAAACAUUUCUUCAGGUGAUCCGGGCAAGAUUUGGUGCUCCGACCCAUAUUGUGUACUCUGUGUUUGCUGGCAUAACCAAUCUUAUUACAACCAUGAGUUUAUUGCUGGCUGGAAGUGCUGUAUUAACUAGUUUAACAUUGGACCUUUCCAUAGAGCUUGCCUGUAUGAUACUAGCUGCCGUAAUAGGUUCUUACACCUUGAUUGGUGGCCUUGGAGCAACAUUCUAUGUGUCUUACUUCAACAGCGCCCUGAUAUACUGUUUCAUUAUAAUAAUGGUUGCUGAGAUAUUCUUGAAAUCACCAGAGAUAAAUUUGCCAUAUGGGACCCCUGAAAUUGUGCAUAGUUACAUACAAAACGCAACAGGACCAGAUGGUAACUAUGACAACAGUUUCCUCACAAUGCUGUCAUCCCAUGGCCUAAUGUUUGGAGUGAUCAAUUUGGUGAUGUCUUCUGGUUCACAACUUGGGGACCAGUCAUAUUGGCAGAGUAGCAUAGCGGCAAAACCUGGUCACGGUAUCUGGGGGUUUAUUGCUGCUGGGAUUACAUGGUUCGCAAUCCCAUUGGCACUUGCAACAAGUGUAGGUCUGGCAUACAUAGCAAUGGAAAAAUCGCAGGGGUCUCCUAUUCUUUCGUCAAUUGACAUCGAAAGAGGAUUGGUGGUACCAGUAGUUGCUCAAGCAGUACUUGGAAGAACAGGGGAGUACAUGUUAUUUCUUGCCAUAUUGAUGGCGAUAAUGUCAACAGGGUCAGCUGAGGUUAUUGCUGUUGCGUCAUUGAUUGUGUAUGAUGUCUACCAGCCAUACAUAAAUCCUUUCAGAAAGAAUCUGAGAGAGGGUGAGUGUAUACUUUGUGGUAAAUCCCACAGGCCUUCAAAUGAUACAUACCACGAGGAUUGUGCUGUUGCUAUAGAUACAAUAGAAAAUGAUGAAAACGAAGCAUGCUCCUGUAAACCAGUAGUUGAAUGCAGAGAAUGUGCAAAGGACAAAGAUUUGAGAUCAUUGAAGAAAUCUAAUCUAGGAGUUAGAAAGCCCUAUAAAUGCAAAGUCCACGGGUUGUACAAACAAUACCAAGAUGAUUUGCUGAACUUUAAGAAUUGGUGCAUUCUUUGGGUCACGCUCUUCACGAUUCCUCUGGUGUUGUUUUCACACUGGGUUGGAUUAAACUUAGGAUGGGUCUACUAUUUCACCGGAGUGAUGAUUGGUGGGGUCGUCAUCCCAGUGGCGCUGAGCAUCCUUUGGAGCAGGGUCACAGCUACUGGUAUGAUAUCAGGUGUUCUAUCUGGCUGCCUUUGUGGUAUAUCUUUAUGGUUGGGGCUUGCUUCCACAUAUGAUGGGGGAUUGACUCUGAAGAAUACCGGCAGAGAUGUUCCUGCUUUGGUGGGCAGUUCAGUCUCAUUGGGCUUGAGUGGAAUUAUAUGCAUUAUUGUCUCAUUGUUCACGCUUGAUAGAAAGAAAUUCAACGAGGAAGAAGAAUGGAACAAACUGAGAAAUAUUGAGAACCCGCUUCACCCUUGGGCAAUCACUUAUGCUCGUGACUUUGAUACAGUUAAGGAUUUGGGUUCAAGAUUUGUGCGACCUACCUAUGCUGAAAUGAGAUAUCGCUUCCGAAAGUCUCGAAUAACUGCUCUCAUUAUAGGGUUGACACUAUUUUUGGGAUUUGUCAUCGUCUGGCCCUGUGCUAUGAUUCCUUUUAAAGUCUUCACCAAGAACGAAUUCUACCAUUGGACAACAUUCACCAUGGCGUAUGUUUUCAUAGCAGCUGCGUUCAUUAUCAUCGUCCCUCUUGUCCAAGAAAUUUAUUUGAUUUUUGGCAAGAUUAGGAAUAAUCGAAUGAACAGUAAAAAAUCCAGGAAGAUGAGUAACCAUAUCAACACCAGCUACAUGCGAGAGUAA